ACAUUGAGAGAGAGAGAACAUGGAAGUAGCUGAAGUUCUUCACAUGAAUGGAGGAGUUGGAGAUCUUAGCUAUGCUACCAAUUCCCGUCUUCAGUCGAAGGUGAUAUCAAUGACGAUGCCAAUUGCUGAGGAAGCCAUUGUCAACCUCUACUGCUCCACUUUUCCAACCACUUUAACCAUCGCGGAUUUGGGCUGUUCUUCUGGACCCAACGCUUUGAUGCCAGUGUCCCAACUCCUUGAGGCAGUCGAAAAGGCUCGUCGGAAGCUCCGCAAGGAACCAAUCGAAUAUCAAGUUUUGUUAAACGACUUACCCGGAAAUGACUUCAAUACCAUCUUCAAAUCCCUGCCUAGCUUCCUUGAACGUUUGAAAAUGAAGAUUGGCGCUGAUCUUGGGCCUUGUCUCGUUACUGGGGUGCCUGGGUCUUUCUAUGGCAGGCUUUUCCCUUCCCAUAGCGUCCACUUUAUUCAUUCUUCCUAUAGCCUUCAUUGGCUAUCUAAGGUUCCUGAAGGGUUGGAGGAGAAUAAAAGAAACAUUUUUAUGGCUGAGACGAGCCCAGAGAGUGUGCUGAGAGCUUAUUAUGACCAAUUCCAAAAGGACUUCUCCUUGUUUCUCAAGUGUCGUGCACAAGAAUUGGUGGGUGGGGGUUGCAUGAUUUUUACACUCCCGGGAAGGAAAAGCCAAAACCCAGCUAGUAGGGAGUGUUCUUCCACUUGGGAGCUUUUGGCUGUGGCGCUUAACGACAUGGUCUCCACGGGAAAGAUAGAAGUGGAGAAAUUGGAGAGCUUCAACAUACCCAAAUACAAGCCUACACCAACAGAAAUAGAGAUUGAGGUUGCAAAAGAAGGAUCCUUUGUGGUGGAUGGCAUUAGGGUUUGGGACGUUUCCAGCAAUCAAUUCAGCAACAACGCAUUAGACGGUUUCAAGAGUAGCAGCGACAACGUAGCAAAGGGCAUAAGGGCUAUAGCUGAACCAAUUCUUGCAAGCCAUUUUGGAGACCAAAUUAUGGAUGAAUUGUUCAUCAAAUACGGUGAGAUCAUAGCAGACCGUAAGGCAAAAGAGAAACCUAGUCUUGUCAAUGUCACUGUUUCCCUCACUAAACCAAAGUGACACGACAAAAAAAACCCAUCUACUUAAUAAAAUAUUGUUGUAUGUAAUUCUGUACCAAAACUAUGAACGAAGCUUGUGACAAAACGUGUUGUGUUUUUAUAGGACAUUGAAUCUUGUAAGCCA